AUGCCACAAAUAAAAUGUCUACCUUUGGAAGAAUACCAACAACUUUGUCUAGAUUUAGAUCGAAUUCAUCGACAAACUGCGAAUCUUCAUCAAAAAUUAUGUCAUGCUAGGAGAAAUUUAGAAGAGGAAAAACAUAAACGUCGAACAAUUGAGCAUUAUAAAAACUUUUUGGAGAGUCAAAUCAACAUGGUUAAAGAGGUGUUAUUUCAUGAUAGAGAAGUAAACUUGAACGAAGAUAUAAAAAAGAAACUACAAUUUCUUAACGAACCUGAAAUCGAAUUUAAAUGUAAUAAUUUAACCGUCCAAGACAAAUGGAUCGACAGACAUUUGACUACAAUAGUGGAAACGGAUUCUACAGGUUCAAUAUUAAGUGACUUAAAUUGUUUAUCCAAAUCAGAAGAUGAUUUAGAUACCGAUACUUUAAUAAAAAUUCAGAGAGAGAAAAAAUGGAAAGAGUAUAAACCUAGUGGUGAACAUUCUAUGAAUAAACAGUGUAGCACGUUAGAUAAAAUUGUCGAAUUUAAUUCACCGGAUGGAGUAAUGGCGAAAAUUAAGGCAAAAGAUAGUGCAUGCUCUAUACCUGUCAAAAAUGUCAAAAUCCAAAUUGCAUUGAACGAAGAAAAUAUUGAUACUAAAUUAUCAUCGAACAUCGAAACAUUUUCUGUCAGUCAUAGCUUCAUUUCCAAGAUCAUUAUUAAACCGGAAACAUGUACUCCAUGUGGUAAGAGUAACGUAAGUGGUACACAUGUACAACGUGGCGUCACCAGAGAACUUAAUAGUAAGAACAAAUCUCUGGGUAAUGGAUCUUUGAGCGCGGAACCUUUGACGAUUCUCUGGGGAGUAGGUCGAAGGUGACAGGCAACAC